GCCGCCGGCUUCAGGCUUGGCUUUGAAGAGAAACUGGGGCCUUUGAUUUUGUGUGUUGUGUUAUGAAUGCUGCAGGGAGCUGAGCAGGGAACAUGGAUGAGCUGGAAAACCAUGACAUGGGAGCUGUGAGGAAGACCACAAGCCAUGCCAUGAAUUCAGUGACCUAUGAUGAUGUGCAUGUUGACUUCACUAAGGAAGAGUGGGCUUUGCUGGAUCCUUCCCAGAAGUAUCUCUACAAAGAUGUGAUGCUGGAGACUUACAGGAACCUCACUAUUAUAGGAUACAGUUGGGAAGACCAUAAUAUUGAAGAACAUUGUCAAAGUUCUAGAAGAUAUGGAAGGCAUGAAAGAAGCCAAACUGGAGAGAAGCCUUCUGUAUAUACUCAAUGUGCCUUUGCAUACGAUAGUCAGCUUCAAAGUCAUGAAAGAAUGCAUACUGGAGAAAAACCCCAUGAAUGUAAUCAGUGUGGUAAAGUCUUUGCACAGCACAGUCAUCUUCAAAGGCAUAAAAGAACACAUACUGGAGAAAAACCUCAUGAAUGUAAUCAGUGUGGUAAAGCUUUUGCACAGCACAGUCAUCUUCAAAGGCAUCAAAGAACACAUACUGGAGAGAAACCCUAUGAAUGUAAUCAAUGUGGUAAAGCCUUUGCACGUCUUAGUACUCUUCAAGUGCAUAAAAGAACACACACUGGAGAGAAACCCUAUGAAUGCAAUCAGUGUGGUAAAGCUUUUGCUUAUCACAAUACUCUUCAAAUGCAUGAAAGAACACACACUGGAGAGAAACCCUAUGAAUGUAGUCAAUGUGGUAAAGCCUUUGCCCAGCAAAGUAGUCUUCAAAUGCAUAAAAGAGCACAUACUGGAGAGAAACCCUAUGAAUGUAGUCAGUGUGGUAAAGCCUUUGCACAGCACAGUCACCUUCAAAUGCAUAAAAGAACACAUACUGGAGAGAAACCCUAUGAAUGUAAUCAAUGUGGUAAGGCCUUUGCACAACAUAGUAAUCUUCAAGUACAUACAAGAACACAUACUGGAGAGAAACCCUAUGAAUGUAAUCAAUGUGGUAAAGCCUUUGCACAUCACACUCAUCUUCAAAUGCAUACAAAAACACAUACUGGAGAGAAACCCUAUGAAUGUAAUCAAUGUGGUAAAGUCUUUGCUCGUCACAGUAAUCUUCAAAUGCAUAAAAGAGCACAUACUGGAGAGAAACCUUAUGAAUGUGAUCAGUGUGGUAAAGCCUUUGCACGUCAUGGUACUCUUCAAAUACAUAAAAGAACACACACUGGAGAGAAACCCUAUGAAUGUAAUCAAUGUGGUAAAGCCUUUGCACGUAAGAGUAAUCUUUUAAAGCAUAAAAGAACACAUACUAGAGAGAAAUCCUAUGAAUGUAAUCAGUACAAUCCGUUCACAGCUGUAGCCAUAGCCUGACUUCUGAGUCAGGAUACAUUUCUCUCCAGAGCUGUAACAUUUGCACUAUGAAAUGUUAGACCCUUGAAUCUUGUGGCAGGAAUUACAGAAAAUUAUCAGAAAUCCUACCUUGAUCCUGGGAAUGAACAUUUCUUAACUGCCCAGCCAUGUCUCUGGUGCUUUAAAUAUUUUAAAGCCUAUUUAUAUCAUUUUGAAGUCAGGAAAUGAGGACAAACUCACACAAGAGCAAAACCUUAUUUAUAUAAAUGAUUUGGUAAAGACUUUAGACAUCACAGUUGUCUUCAUCUUCAAGAAAAAAAAUCACAUUUCAUUAAUUUUUUUAUCAUAGCCUUGAAGGAAGUGAAUCGCUUACCAUGUUCACUGAAGACUGAUGGUGGAAAUCACUGCAUUGUUGUG